AUGUCGGGCAGCGUAGAUGCCGAUAAAUACUCAGUGGCAUAUGUGACAGUCCCCAGCAUUGAUGUGGGCAAAACAAUUGGACAUGGACUAGUUAAAAAUAAAUUUGCUGCCUGUGUGAACAUUAUUCCUCAAGUCACAUCUAUAUAUGAAUGGAAAAAUGAAAUCAAUGAAGAUAAUGAGGCUCUUCUAAUGAUAAAAACCAGGACAUCGCUUGUGGACAAGCUAACAGAAUUUGUGCGUGCUAAUCAUCCAUAUGAGGUGUGUGAAGUGAUUUCUUUACCAAUCAAAAAUGGUAAUCCACCAUACUUAAAGUGGAUUGGUGAAACACUACCUGAAAGU